GACUCUCAUCUGUUCGUUUUAGCGCCCUCUCAUUCCACGUGAAGAACAAAAAUCCUCUCUCUGAAACAAAAAUGCUUGCGUUCAAAGCUGAAGAGCAGAGCCAGUUACAGCUGGUCGAAAGGGAAGAAGUCGAAGAUGAAGAAGACUUGUUCGAAGCAAUUGAUAAACUGACAGCUCAUGGAAUCAAUGCUGGAGAUGUGAAGAAGCUGCAGGAUGCUGGCAUCUACACGUGCAAUGGCUUAAUGAUGCACACCAAGAAGAGUUUGACUGGAAUCAAAGGAUUGUCUGAGGCAAAAGUUGAUAAGAUCUGUGAAGCCGUAGAGAAGAUAGUGAACUUUGGUUAUAUCACUGGAAGUGAUGCUCUGCUGAAAAGAAAACAAGUAGUUCGCAUCACAACCGGAAGCCAAGCUCUGGAUGAACUUUUAGGGGGUGGCAUAGAAACUUCGGCGAUUACAGAAGCUUUUGGCGAAUUCAGAUCUGGAAAAACACAGCUGGCGCAUACUCUUUGCGUUUCUACACAGCUCCCAAUUAAUAUGAAAGGAGGCAAUGGAAAGGUUGCUUACAUUGACACUGAGGGCACAUUCCGACCAGAUCGAAUUAUACCCAUAUGUGAAAGGUUUGGAAUGGAUGCAGGAGCUGUACUCGACAAUAUUAUCUAUGCUCGUGCUUACACGUAUGAACAUCAGUACAACCUGCUUCUGGGCUUAGCAGCGAAAAUGGCUGAAGAGCCCUUCAGACUUCUGAUUGUUGAUUCGGUGAUAGCUCUCUUUCGAGUGGACUUCACGGGAAGAGGAGAACUUGCAGACCGCCAGCAAAAGUUGGCUCAGAUGCUCUCAAGAUUGAUCAAGAUUGCUGAGGAAUUCAAUGUUGCUGUCUACAUGACCAACCAGGUUAUCGCUGAUCCUGGAGGAGGUGUCUUUAUUUCGGACCCGAAGAAGCCAGCUGGCGGCCAUGUAUUGGCUCAUGCAGCUACCAUAAGGCUAAUGUUCAGGAAAGGCAAAGGCGAACAACGUGUCUGUAAGGUGUUUGAUGCCCCAAAUCUUCCCGAGGCUGAAGCAAUUUUCCAGAUAACUCCAGGUGGAAUUGCAGAUGCAAAGGAUUGAGAGUCUGACAACAAACUUCUAUCUGCUUUUACUGAUGAUGAUCCAAUUAAUUACCUUAAUUAAUAUGCUUAGCUGCUAUUUCCAAAUUUAAAGCUUUAUUAUGUUAAAAAAAAAAUAUAUAUAUAUAUAUAAGCUUGUUUUCUGUGAUAAAUAUGAGGUAGAACAGUGCAUAACAAAGCGGGGGUAAAUGGUAAUAUACAUUACAAAACCAAUAUUCCAUGCAUUAUUAUUGCUUCAAAAGAAGUGUUAUUGUUUACUCAAGACCAUAAAAAAUGGCGUCAUCGGAAUUUUUUUCGAGUACGGAGCAGAAUUAGUAAGAAACGAUGAUUUACGCUUCAUACGGCUAAAUCACAAAUACUGCUGAAAUUCGUAAACCUCA